CAGUGAAAAAUGCUCGUCGAGUUGUCUGCGUUAUAUUUUAUCCAGUGAAUUAUUAAGACAAUUUUCAGUGGCUCGGUGGUUAAGAAUAUUCUGAAGGACACAAUAUUAUGUUUUUUGAGAUUAGAUAUAUGAGUGAAAUAUGUUUGUGAUAAGUGGAUACGUGAGAGUGAUAUAGUUGGUAUAUGUGAAGAUGUCUCGUCGGGAGACGCGUGUGGAGCGCGUCGACUACCCACCGCCGCCGCCGAGCAAGUGUGCUAAGGUGCUGUACUACACUUGGAAACUAUGCUCAGUGGUGUUCUCUCAUUUCGUGAUGAUCAGCCUCGUGGUGGCGUACUGCAUCCUCGGAGCUGUCACCUUCGAGCGACUCGAGGCGCAACACGAGAGAGAGGUGAAGAUGAACAUAUCGCAGAUCCGCGGAAACACGACGCAGAACAUUUGGUUUAUGACCAACCGAGUGUCGUAUCUGAAUCAGACGAACUGGACCGCCGAGGUCGUUGACAUGCUUAAGGAUUUUGAAAACGCAAUCCUACUGGAGAUGAAGGUGCGCGGCUGGGACGGCAACGAGAGCACUGACCACAUCCAGUGGACAUUCACGGGGGCGCUGUUCUAUUCCAUCAUUGUCAUCACCACUAUUGGGUAUGGACACAUAGCGCCCAAGACUCAGACAGGUAAGGUGGUGACCAUCUUCUACGCUAUCCUGGGCAUCCCCCUGAUGCUUCUAUGCCUUUCCAAUAUUGGUGACGUCAUGGCUUCUUCAUUCAGAUUUUUGUAUUGGCGAGUAUGUUGCUACGUUUGUACGCGCCCCCCUAAACCGAGCCAUCGGCACUCUAUGAGGCGGUCGAAUCGGACUGGAAGUACAAGGGGAUCAACUCGGCGUCGAAAACCGCUCGAACGUUCUCAGUCUGACACUGAUUGCAGAUACCGCGACAGCGGGUACAACAGUACUCGGCCGCGCCGUACGCGCCCACCGGCAGCACCACCCGUCCUGGUGCCGGCCUCACGUACUCGUUCACAGCCUCCCGCUCACUCGCGACCAUUCGGACCAAGAGAUUAUGAAGACGAUCGGUCUCCAGUUAGAUAUGAAAAAUAUGGAAAGGAUCCUUACGAGGAGGAGGACGAAGAGUUCCCUAAAAUAUCACUGCCGUUACAUGAUUUACAAGCAGCGCUUAAAGAUUUAGAAGAUUACCAAACCAAGGUAAUUCCAAAACCAGAGACAAGGAGCAAAUCCCUGCCAAGACCGUCGAGACCUAAGUCUGAAUUUGGUCCAAGGCGUGAUUAUGAUGAGCAGAGACACUUUGAUUUUGAUGAAGGCCAAGAAAUUUAUGAAAUGCACGAUCUCCAUGACGUUGAUUACGAAAAUUAUAAAGAAAGAAAAGCUUUGGAGGAAAGAGAAAGAAGAAGAAGAGAUAGAGAUGACUAUCCAAGAGAUCGCGGAUAUGAUCCAGAAGAUGAAGAUUUUGAGUUUGAUAUCCCAAGAAGAAGACCAACUUCUGACAGGAGGGUUAAUCGUGGCAGAUCCGAAUACUAUGAACGUGAUAUGGAAGAGUAUCCCGGAGAGAAAAAGCGGGGACGAAGAGCUCGCAGUGCCAUUUACGACUACGAGCGGCGCUGGGACGAGGUAGAGGACGAGCGCUGGGAUGUGGAGAGAGGGCGCAAGAGGUUGCGGCGCUUACAGACUGUCGACGAUACUGUGAAGGCUUCUUAUAGAUAUACGCCUUCACCAGAGAGAGAGGAGUGGAGCGAUGAAGCCCCACCUUUGCGUCGAGGUCGCCCCCCAGCCUGGGGCUCGCGACAAUCAGAUAUAUAUGCUGUCCAACUAGCGGGACCUGCUAAGGAGGAGAUAAAGCCCGUGCCCAUAUGGCUGUGCGUUUUCUUGGUGGCAUCUUACAUCGUGGCGGGCACGUUUCUGUUCAAGCGCUGGGAGGGCUGGGCUUACCUGGACGCCGCAUACUUUUGCUUCAUCACGCUCACAACGAUUGGCUUCGGUGACUUUGUUCCCGCACAGGGUCAGAGCGGAGAAGCUGCGGAUGCCGUACACUCGAUAGCGCUGUGCUCUCUAUAUCUAUUGUUUGGCAUAGCUCUGCUGGCUAUGUCCUUUAACCUCGUGCAGGAAGAAGUCAGGGCUAAUGUCGCUGCCGUUGCGACUCGUCUCGGCAUCAUCAAACCCCGAGACAAUACCGAAGAUUAUUGAAAUAUAAAAAAAACUAGUCAAUUUAUUCAUUAUUAAGUGACUUUCGAUUGUAUACAACUAGUACCACAUACAACAUUACCCACGUGUAUGUUGUAACACAUAUACAUACGAGUACGUGCGCGCGUCACACU